UCUUUAUUCUUUGUUAUUAUUUGUUAAACAAUCCAGCUAUAUAGUGUAUUUUAGUAGCAUGCUAAGUGGAGUAUAAAAUCAAAACACUUUUAAAAGUGUAUUUUUAGAGUUGUAAAUAUUGUACUAAUGUUAAACGCUACAUUUUCUUCAUACAAAAGAUGAAAAGUCAUAUUUAGAGAUUUCUCUAAGGAGGACUAAUAUUCAUCAUGUCAAUGGGAAACAUCAGCUUUGUAAAUGAAUUUGUCAUAGUCGGCUUUCCUGGACUUCAGCCUCAUUACUAUGGCCUUGUAUCAGCACUUCUGUUUUUUGUUUAUGUGUGUACACUGGUGGGAAAUGCUGUAUUUUUUACUCUGUUUGUAAUGACUAAGAGCCUUCAGAAGCCUGUAUAUUAUUUCAUUAUAAAUCUUGUUGUGUGUGAUGUACUAUUCAGCACCACGACAUUACCAAAGAUAAUUAGCAGGUAUUGGUUCCAAGAUGAAACCAUUUCGUUCUUGGGUUGCUUUGUUCAAAUGUUCUUUGUGCAUUAUUUAGGUGGUGUCUGUUCAUAUGUUCUAGCAGUAAUGGCUAUAGAUCGAUAUACAGCAAUAUGUUACCCACUUCAAUAUCAUGGCAUCAUGACAAACAGAAAUGUACUCAUUUUGAUCCUUGGCUCUUGGGUUUUGAGUUUAUUAGGACCCUUAAUGAUAGUCAUUCGAGCUUACCCUCUCCCUUAUUGUGCAGAAAACACAAUUAUUCACUGUUACUGUGAUCAUGUUUCAAUUACAACACUGGCAUGCACAAACAGAGCACUGUAUAGUGUUCCAGCUCUCAUCAAUGCCCUUGUAGUACUUAUGGGCUCCCUUGCUGUUAUCGUUUUUUCAUACUUUUUCAUCUUUGUGGCAGUUAUACGAAUUUCAAGCACUCGAGGAAAGAUGAAGACUUUCUCCACCUGCAGUCCUACCACCCAGAUCAACCCCCUCUCAGAAGAGGUAAAAAAGAUAAGAAGACAUCAAAAGAGGCAAAUUGGUAUUUCUUUACGUUUAUGA